GCGAAAUCGCACAAGGAAAUGUCUUCGAGGAUGUGAAGAAUUUGCGUGUGUGGUCACCUAGAACAAAACGACCAAGCACGCGCGAGCAGCGCGGUCCUCGUGGUAGGCAUGAAAGCCCAGCGGGCAAGGAUGAAGCGAGAGUUGCGGUCGAACGGGCUCAGGAUGCAAGAACUGACGAAGAUGACGUUGCGAUGAAACAACUCGAUGAUAAGAAAGCAGCUCUUAACACAGACGCUGACUCGAUGCUUGGUGGCACGCGAGUUACAACUGCGAAUAACACAGAUGAUGAGCGGCUGACUGCAACAACACUCACUCUGGGCACGAUGGACCAGACAAAAUUGACAAAUACUGCUGGGCCUGAUGAUGUGCAUACUGUCAUGGGACCUCCAGGUGCGGAUCACACAGCUGCCAGUGCAGGUGCCACCCAACCGGAGGACGCUGCAGCAGCAGAAGAAAACAAGAAGAAUAUGCCACCUGGCGCUACUGCAGCCGCUAGUGAUGAGGCGGGAGUUGAAACUGCUGCAAGCGUGCCAGCAACCCCGAGUCCACGCAAGUCGCGGCCUCCGUCUCAAGAGAAAACAGCUGUGCCGCACUAUUACCGAGAGGGAGGCGGUUUCACGAAAGAAGCGGUAGAUGCAACGAUUCGUGAAAUCUUCGGCCUCGAUGAAGAGGAAGAAGACGCAGCGGCUGAUGCAAAGUAAGAAGUCUAAGUUUUUACUUCGGUUUGGUGUCGGUGUAUUUGUGGCUGACCACCACACUUUAUAGCUUGAUUCGAUGCAUCAUUCAACACAAGUAUUUGAACACUACUUCUUGUUACAUUCAUGUUCGACCACGAGGACCACAUAGAAGCAGUUUCCAUUUUUAGAAAUAGAUUCGACCUUUACAACCACAACGCAAACAUUGUCCAGGUAUCAGCGUUAUCUGCAAGAGCAGAAGGCGAAGAAGAACAGUACGUGGCUGGAAACAGUGGACAGCGAAGAGGAGGCUUUGGCGAUCCAGGAGUCCCCAGCGGACAGGAAUGCGCGCCUCGCUGGUAAAAAUAACCGCAAGAGGAUGCGCAGUAUUCUGGACAAGCACGUUUUGCACAACCCCUAUGCGCCGACGGGGGCCACGUUUGGCAAGAAGAUGAUACCCGACGCGACCUACCGACGAGGCUCGCACGCAGCUGGAGG